GACGGCGGCGACGCCCUGAGCGAGCAGAGCGGCGCGCCCCCGCCUUCCACGCUGGUGCAGGGCCCCCAGGGGAAGCCGGGCCGUACAGGCAAGCCGGGUCCCCCCGGGCCUCCCGGGAACCCGGGUCCUCCGGGUCCCGUGGGACCGCCCGGGGAGAAGGGUGAGCCAGGAAAGCCAGGUCCUCCCGGGCUGCCGGGCACCGGGGGCAGCGGCGCCAUCAGCACGGCCACCUACACCACGGUGCCACGCGUGGCCUUCUACGCUGGCCUCAAGAACCCUCACGAGGGUUACGAGGUGCUCAAGUUUGACGAUGUGGUCACCAACCUAGGCAACAACUACGACGCGACCAGCGGCAAGUUUACGUGCAACAUUCCCGGCACCUACUUUUUCACCUACCACGUCCUCAUGCGCGGCGGCGACGGCACCAGUAUGUGGGCAGACCUCUGCAAGAACGGCCAGGUGCGGGCCAGCGCCAUUGCCCAGGACGCAGACCAGAACUACGACUACGCCAGCAACAGCGUGAUCCUGCACCUGGAUGCAGGUGAUGAGGUUUUCAUCAAGCUCGAUGGAGGCAAAGCACAUGGCGGCAACAGCAACAAAUACAGCACUUUCUCCGGCUUCAUCAUCUACUCUGAUUGAGCCCUGCCCAUCGCUCUCCAUCCUCUGUUCUUCAUCCCCCAGGAUCCCUUCCCAGGAGAGGCAGACACUAACCCAUCCCUUACCCACUCCUGGCUGUCUGACCCUGGCCACCAGCCCUACCUGGCUGAGAAGCCCCCAGCUACCCUACUACCACCUAGGCUAUAGCUAGGCAUUCCCACUACAAAGCCGCUGGCAGUAGAUGUCCUGAUCCCUUGGAGGCAGGAUGACUGCAGGGCCGCAGCCUGCCCUAUAUGUUUAUACAAUAGGACCAUUUAUUGCCCACCCUAGCCUGCUAACUAGCACUAGCAUAGGGGUGGCAGGGUGUGUAUGUGUGGAUGUUGUUUCCUGCACUGAGAUAAGCUGCCCUUCCUGGGGGUAGAUGGGAGGUGGUAGCUUCCCAGCACUGGAAAAACUCUGGCCAACUGGGCUCCAUCUGAUCAAAGUUAUAAUUAAAAAAAAAAAAAAGAUUUCCAUCCUGCAGGGGUUUCAGUAUGUACCCUGAGGAGGAAUACAAGAGGGCACCAUGAUCCAUGCCCUCUAGAUUGGUAAAGAAGUCUGUUGUAAGCUUCUGGAGACAACCAGAUGCCAGAGUCAGAGCUACUCUAGGAGGAGAGAGGAUAAAAGAUCUGCUACCCACUACAGCCCACGUGGGCUAGAAUUGAAGCAGCUCAGAUACAUCAUCUUCCAUGAUGGAAAAAUUCCAUUUUUGCAUUGCUGAAAGUGGCACCAGCAUUCUCAAAGCACAGGCAGUCCUUAAACUAGGAGACCUAGGGCCUCUUCCCUGUGAUACUGUGUGUGGUCCUGGACAAGUCACUCCUCUCAGACUAGUGUUGAGUUAAUGAUGGCCAUGUCAGAAGGAGCAAGCUUUACACUAAAGACUAGUGACCAUGAUCCAAGCAACUCACCUGGGGCCUCAGUUUUCUCAUCAAUAAAACAUAGAUAAGGAGAACUACCUUGCUUGAGGAUUCAAGAGGUAUUCUGUAUGUGCUCAAUAAACAUAACUCUUAUUA